GCCCUCGCACAGAGGGGACAAGCAGGGGGAACCGUCUCUACCUGAGCCAGCACACCUGUGCUCCAUCUUUCUGACAGCUUAUCAGCUGUCCUGAUGCUGCCGGAGGACAAAACAGCUGAUCUGAGGUCAGCUGAUGAUCUAAACAAUCAGAGCCAACCCUCUGCAAGUCGGUCUGGACCCGGACGUCUCUCACCUACCUGUCCUAUGCAGGUGGUGCUGGUCUUUGGUCUGUCUGUAGCCAUGGUAGGUCUUUGUGUGGGUGGGGCAGUUCACCUGAACCCAGCCGUUUCCAUGGCGAUGGUUCUGAGUCUGAGGCUUCGGCUGUGGAGGGCCAUUCUCUAUGUGAUUGGUCAGCUGCUGGGGGGCGUGGCUUCUGCAGCGCUGCUGUUGGGACUGACCGGAGAUGUGACACCUGUCCUCAACCAGGUGUCUUCUGGGAUCCAGCUUCACCAGGCAGUCACCAUGGAAACACUAGUGACUCUCCAGCUGGUGUUGGUUGUCAUGGCAACCUCUGAUGUCCCACUGCCGGCUGUUGUGUCUCCUCUGUUGGUCGGCCUGGCUGUCAGUCUGGGUCACCUUGUCGCUGUGGGCGCAACAGGUUGUGGGAUGAACCCAGCUCGGUCCUUCGGUCCAGCUGUCGUCACGCUUACCUUCAACAACCACUGGGUGUUCUGGCUGGGACCUGGUUUGGGGGCGUGUCUUGCUGGUUUUCUGAAUGACUUGUUGCUACGGCCACGCUGGUGUUGCCCUGGCGACUGGUGGGCAGAGCUAAAAGAACUGUAUGUGCUUUCAGAGAGACAGCCUCAGGAGGCGCUGUCACACCUGCCCUAACACACACCUGAGAUCAGCUCUGUUGUCCUUCAUGUUUGACACACCUGGAUAUCUGUAUGAUUUAUU